UCUGCCCCGGCGAUGUCGUGGGUCCGGGCCGCUCCGCUGCGCGGGGCUCCGGGGGCGGAGGGUGAUGUGUUUGACGAGGAAGCGGACGAGUCGCUCUUGGUGCAGCGGGAAUGGCGGAGCCAAAUGCAGAGACGAGUCAAAGAAGGUUAUAGAGAUGGAAUAGAUGCUGGCAAAGCAGUUACUCUUCAACAAGGCUUCAAUCAAGGUUAUAAGGACGGUGCAAAAGUCAUUAUGAACUAUGGACAACUCAGGGGGACUCUGAGUGCUUUGCUCUCCUGGUGUCACCUUCAUGAUAAUAGUUCGGCUUUGAUCAGUAAAAUAAAUAAUCUUCUGGAUGCAGUUGGCCAGUGUGAAGAGUAUGUGCUCAAACACCUGAAAUCAAUCACUCCGCAACCCCAUGUAAUAGAUUUAUUGGACUCCAUUCAAGAUAUGGACCUCUGUCAUGUAGUUCCAGCUGAGAAAAAGAUUGAUGAAGCUAAAGAUGAAAGACUCUGUGAAAAUAAUGCUGAGUUUAACAAAAGUUGUAGAAAGAGUCUUAGUGGGGUAGAUUGUUCAUCUUUAGAAUGUUGUAGAACACAGGAGCAUGCACAGUCUGAAAAUCCAAGCCUCACAUGGAUUUUAGAACAGACAGACAAUUUAGUAAAACAGCUGGGUCUGUCAGUAGAGGUAUUACAGCAUCUCAGACCACUAUAAAAAGUAUCUUCACUUCUAAUGAAAAUAUUCAGAACAUUUCUUAGAUCAUUUUGUUUCUUAACGUGCUAACCAAAAAUUGUACUUGUUUCUACAUUGAACAUUUCACUUACAGGGUUAGCCUUCAUGGAAGUUUGAAAUGUCUUCAAUAUUAACACUAUUAAAUGUAAUAUAACUCUUUGUUAUUGAAAAUGUUUAUGUAGUUUAAGAUACAUUCACCUCUUUGUGUUUUUCAUUUUCAUUAUGACAGUGUAUCAUUGUCAUUUUCAAAUUUCUGAUCAACACUAGGAUUUUUCAGACUCUUUAGCAAAAGUGAACAAGAAUCAAACGUUUCAUAAGGAUUUAACCCUACUUUCUGCUCAAGUUACAGUCAGGUGGUUAGGACCUCAUCACUAGCUCACCAGACCAAAGUUAGCAAAAAUACUCUCAUGGCUAACAUUGUGAACAGAUAGACACACAUAGGCAUAUCCAGAUAUGUAGAAAUGUUGAAAUUAAGAGACAAUAAGCAUAAGAAACUGAAGAAAUGUUAAAUAGAAUACUAGAAAUUGAUACUAGUUUCCCUUUGAUUAAAAGAAACAUACUGCUUCAGAAAUAAUACAAGAAAUGUAUUUCAUGCUCACGUACCUACUUAGGCUUUCCAAGUAUUUGGAAGUUAGCACUGUUGAUCUAACAAAGUGCCAGAUUAUUUCUAAACUGUGGUUUUGUUUUAUAUUUAUACGAGAAUAAAACACUAAUGACUGAUUUUUGUAUUAUCUUGUACUGAUGUUUUUAGUCUAGCAUAGACAAAUUAGAUUCAAACUUUUACCCCAGGAUAUAAACAUUUCAAGAUCCAGGAAGGAUUUUUUCAUCCCUUUUUUUGCCUGGAACAAAUUUAUGUGAGGUGUCUGACUUAGAGACACCCAAAUAAUUGCUCUUUGUUGACAGCCUUAAAAGCUUCAUCACCCAUGUUUAUAUCUAUCAUUUCCUCUAAAAGACAGGCAUACUGAGAUAGAGAAUCUGAUAAAAUGGGUUUAUGAAGAGUUUUUUUAAUAUGCAAUUGUGAUCUUACAACCUCCUCAGAGUUCACAGAACACGAAAAAAUUGAAGUGACAAAUCUGAAAUUGGAAGACUAUAGUGUUUCAGAAUUUAUUAAAAAGAGAUAAGUAAUAUUUGACUGCUGGGUAAAAAAAAAGUGCUCACUUUUACCUCCAGAUGUGAAAACUAUUUCAGAGAUUUACUAAUUUAUUAACAAACUUAUACGUCAAAAAUCUUUCAUUUUUUUCAUACAUAUGGAUGCAGCACAAAUCUCAAAUCCGCAUGGAACAUUAUAAGCAGUAUCCAAAGUCUUGAUACUGCUGUCUGCCCUGCGUAUUAAAUAAGAAAUAUCCGUCUCUAAUGAUACAUCUCAAAGCCAUCCUGAGUGAAAAUUUCAAGAGUGCAUUUGGUAAAUCUUGAGAUUUUAUCUGUACUUAUCCCAGUAACAUUCCCUGAAGAUAACGCCUCUUGCAACCAUUGGUAAAAUCGUAUUUUUUUUUUUUUUUUUCAUAGAAAUGGCGGUUGAGAAUUAGCUGGGUUAAUGAGGCCAUUGGGUUGAAAUCAUCUCUUAAAUUUCCUUUACCUUUUAAAAAUAUGAGCAAAAUUUCCUGGACUGCACAGAAAUUUUAAUGAUAAGUUUAUUACACCUGUGCUUCCUGACCAUGCGCCUCUAUAGUAGAAUUGGCAAGAGUGAGGGAAAGAAACUGCCCACCUUGUGUCUUCUGUCUUACUUCAUAUUGUAGGCCAGCUAGACAUUUCCAUGAAAAGACUCUAGGUAAGUGUAAUUAUGGAGUAAGAUUGCCUGAGCAGUCAUACUGGCUUCAAGACCCAGCACCCAAACAUUAGGCCUAGGUAAUAUUACUUCAUUAAAACAGAAUUUUCACCGUGUUAUUUCUAGAUGUGACAUACCUAGGGAAAUCACAGAUUAAUACUUUUCUGACCUUUCAGUUGCAGAGGCCACCAAAAUGUUGGCCUACCUGCAACUACCUACCUGCAUUCUUACAUAAUUUAUAUCCUUAGCACUAUUAUUAACUGCUUUGAUGGCAAGCCAAAAACAUAAAAGCCUUGAAAAAAAUCUAAGUUGUGAUUUUCACCCAUCUUCAAACUAAAGCUACAGGUUCUGUGUUUCAAUUUAUUACAUGAGAGUUACAUAUAUUGGGAGAGAAAGAGCAAGAGCUUAUAGGCCCUAUUUAAAAUUUUUUUGCUUUGUCCCAUCACCAUCCUUGUACCCUUUGACGCUUUCUCCCUUCAGAACCCUCACUUUAUUAGUGUCCACUAGUUUUUCUAAGUAUUUUGCUUUAGUGAAUCAUCUGCUGUGUAAGCAUUUAAUAUUUGUCUUUGUCAUUCUGACUUGCUUUACUACACUUAAUUCCCCAAACACCUUCCAUUUUGCUGAAAGGGCAACAUUUCAUAUAAUAUUUAGUACUUUGUUGUGUGGCUAUAUUGCAUCAUCUCAAUCCAAUUCUCUAUUAAUGCAUACUUUAGGUUCUUUCCAUGUGGAAGCUACAGUAAAUAGUGUUGCAAUAAACAGUAUAGUGCAUAAAAUUAUUGAGUUG